GCGCCCGGCCGCCAUGGCCGCUGCUUCUGCGGGCAGCGAGAGACUCAAGGGCGAAGAGGUUUUAAAAAACCAGCUGAAGAUAUGUGGCUUUAAGAAAGAUGAUGAUGUCACGGAGUUGUAUCUGGGAGAAAGAGGAUUAAAAGAAGUCCCUGAUUUAUCACAGUUCCAUAUACUAAUGUAUUUGUGGCUAAACAAUAAUAAGAUUGAGAAAUUAACUUUUUUGAAGCAUAACUGUUGCUUGAGAGAACUGUACCUCAACAACAAUGAAAUCAAAAAUAUAGCAGGUGCUCUCAGACAUGUACACUCAUUGCAGAUCCUGCUGCUUCAUAACAACCAAUUGAAGAAUCUGGAAACAACUGUGAAUGAACUAAAAGGAAUGAUGAGUCUACAGACCUUAAAUUUGUUUAAUAACCCUCUGUCACAAGACUGCAGAUACCGUCUUUAUGUACUAUACCAUCUCCCGUCAGUUCUGUUGCUUGAUAGAAAAGAAAUAACCACCAAAGAAAGAUCAUUGGCUCUGAACAUUUACAAUCACAAGAAGACGCUUGUCCUCCAGUCUAUAGGAUUUGGGAAAAGAAUAGAUGUACCGCUGUUGCCUAAGGCACAAUUUAACAAAAUCUGGUCAUUUACCAAAGUGUUGCGCCUACCUCCAGGUUGUGAGUUUGGAAAUCACUUGGUUAAAAUUCCAUUUGAAAAUCCAGAAGAUGCUGUCUUUGUGAGGGCAAUGAAACGUUCUAUAAUGGAGUUCUCUACUGUUAACUGGGAUAAAGUACCCACCUCUGAAGAAAAACGUCUUGGCACCAAACCAGAAAAAAAGCCAGAGAAACUGACAAUAAAAUUCAGAUAGCUGCAGGUUUCCUUAGGAAUUUAAGUCAUAAGAACCUCUCUUUUUGCCAUUACUGAUGUUAAAACAUUUUCGUUAUAACCUUCAAAGGUUUUUCAAUGCAGAAAAAAUCUUCAGUGUGUUUUAUUACUUUUUAUCAUUUAAGAACCUCUUCCUGCUAACAAUAUUUGAAAGCAUAGUCUAUCGGUUCAAUGCAGCUUCUGAACUCUCAGCUGAUAGUUAGGCUUUCUGGACACUUGUUUCACAUCAGCUCAACAAUGAAAUCCUAAGCAGAGUUACUCCAGUUUAACCCCAUUGACUUCAGUGGGAUUAGACUGGUUUAAUUCUGUUUAGGAUUGCACUAUAAGUAUCCCAGUACAACUCUACUGUUGCUCUUGCUGUGAAUAUAGAGGGUGUAAGCAAAUCGGAAAGAAACUUCGUUUAAUUACAGAUAGAUCCCUACUGUACUACACCUAGUGCUUAGUGGGAUGUAUCAAGCUAUACUUGUCUGUUCUCCACCUUCCUCUGUGGAAUGUUGUCAAAUUCUAGCUAUUUCAUUGGGCUGUCAACAGAUUUGAUA